UCGAAAUUUUCUGACAAAACAAUAACAAACUGUGUUUUGCGAGUGGAUUGUAAGGAUUUUUAGUGCGUAGCUAAGAAAAGUGAUAUUCAAAUAAAACGGAACGUGUGUUUUUCUUCUGCAACGUCUUCCUUUGUACAAGGGGGAAAAACUUUUUGGGUUUCUCAAAGAUUAAAUUGAGAAAAUUUCAUGAAGCAAUGUCGUCGCCUAGGAAAAAUAUUUGCUGACGAAAGUCAUGGUCAUUUCAUGUGCGGGGUAGUGAUUAUACUAUAUUGUAUUGUUAACGGGAGAAUCUGGAUACAUUGAAUUGUUCUUGAACAUCAAAACUAGCCCAAUGGAUGAUGUUAUAAAGCAAGAACCUAAUCAAGAAAUGGGUUCAUCUUCGGCAUCUGUACCAAUACCAGGAGGACACAGAAGUUCCAGAGGUGUAUACGAUCAAUUUUCACCAUCUCCAUUGACUGCACCUUCGAUAUGGCCUAAUAGACCGGAUCUCAUAGAAUCUCCAUUUAAGAUGGAUUCUGAUCAAUUAGAUGAUUCUUUUAAAAUGGAAGAUGACGACAUAUUCCAAGUGGACAAAGCAGAUCUUAUUCAAGGACCCACCCUUGCUGAAUUGAACGCUAACGAUGACACGCUUCUCGGUGAUUUGAACUUCGACGAUCUGCUUUUACCGGAAGAAAGGAUUCAACCUUUUAAAGUGGAUGCUAACGCAACUCAAUCAAUCGGUCCAUUAUUCAACGAUAACAACACUAGUUUCGCUUCAAGUAGUUUUCCACAAUCUGGAUCGACGUACCGUAAUAUUUGCCCUACUUACAUAACUGCACAUGGAUUCAAUCUAAAUAUAAAUGUCAAUGUUGCUGAUAAUUUGGAGACAAUUAGUCCCAAUGCAUUUCCAAGUCCGGGAACCAGUAAUGUUGCAGGUAGUUCAACGGCAAGCUCUUCAACGUCUCCGCAUCCGAUGAAUAGGCCUAAUGGACAGUCCGCCCUUCACGAAUUGUUAAUGAGACGUUGCGAAAACUCCUUCGACGUACCCACAUGUGGGCAAAUAGAUAUCGGAUGUACAACGAACAAUAAAUCUAAGGUUUCUAGACUAUCGAUGUCCGCGCCGACUCGAACGAUGGUAUUAGAACAGAUCUGGACACGUAGAGAAUCACGACCACAUCUGUUGAGCACCGGUAGUCUCGGUGUAGUCGAAGCGGGUUCAACGAGUAGUUUAAGCACCGGUGAAGCAUUGAGCCCGGAUCUAUGCUACCGUACCGAUCAUCUUAGUCACGACGAAGGUUACGAAGAUAGCGACGAUGACAGUGAUCAUUACGAUGACUUCAGUAGCGAUAAUGACACAGGUGGCAGCGAUUGCGAAGACCAAAGUACCGGAAGCAGAGUAGGAAGUGGUAGUGUGGAUUCGAGUCGGGAUAACAAACACAGUAAAAAAGAACGAUACUUUUGGCAAUACAAUGUACAGGCAAAAGGACCAAAAGGGCAGAGGCUCGUUGCAAGAACGCGUCUUGAGGAUCCUCAUAUUUUAAACGAAGCUACUGAUCCUGUUUUUAGUCCGCAUUGCGCUCUUCGUGGGAUUAAACACAGCGGAAAAGCGCGCAAAGGAGAUGGAAACGACCUUACCCCGAAUCCACGUAAAUUGUAUAGUAUUGGUCGCGAAUUGGAUAAACUUUCCCGCAUUAUAAACGAUAUGACACCUGUGUCGGAGUUACCAUUCACGGCGAGGCCCAAAACACGAAAGGAAAAGAAUAAGCUUGCUUCGCGAGCGUGUCGCUUGAAAAAAAAGGCACAGCACGAGGCGAAUAAAAUAAAAUUACACGGCCUUGAACAGGAGCACAAACGAUUAAUUCAAGGUAUAUAUCAGGCGAAACAAACGCUUGCUGCAAAAUUAACGGAACCUAAUCCCGAAAAUCAAGAAGAAUUGACACGACAGAUGGAAAAGUGCUGUAAAUUGGCAACUAAAGUGCGAAUAGCGAAUCAUUCAACCGAAUUUGUGAACAAAGUAUUGGAUAAAGUUCGUGCUGGUGUUCACGAUGGCGGCAUCGAUGAUUUUUAAUAUAUCAGGAUUGCUAUUAUAAACAUGCAUUCUUAUGUGCACAUUCAUAAAGCGCGAGAAAGAAACGAUGCAUAAUGUUAACAUUUUAUCGUAAAUCGAAGACGAUACGCUUUCGUACGAAGAUCGGGAACCAAAAACAAAAAGACUAACAAUUUCAGUCUGAACAUAAUUUGGAAUCGUUUAAAGGAAAGUAAUUAAACAAAAGACAAACGUUAUUAAUAGUUUGUUACUAUAAUUAGGGUUACAUAUAUUCUUAUAAUUAACUUUAAUGUUUCAUAACAAUUAACGUGGAGUAUGACUGCAUUCUGGAUAAAAUAAUAAAAAUAUUAUUUUAUCCAGCGUGAAAUUGAAAGUUGCUCAUUUUUGUAUACAAAAUAUCGUGUGUAUAUUAUGGAUUGCUGGUUCCCAAUUCUAUUUGCGAUAAAUAAUUCUGCUCUGUUCAAUUGUUAUAACAAAUUCAUAACGAUUACAUACUUCAUGUUAACGACGGAUAGAAAUUUUAUAAAUUCUGUGUGCGUUAUUUGAAAAUUAUACAAUUUAUAUCAUCGACUCUCUCUCUCGCUGAAGCGCUGCAUUCCUAUUUCCCGUGUCUUUUGCCUAUUUCCUUUCUUUAUCUUGUAUAUAACGCGCGCGUGUGUGUGUGUGUGCGUGGCGCGCGCGCGUGGUGGAUGGGUGGGUGUGGUGUGUUUGUGUGCUUGCGCGUAUGUGUAUAUAUAAGGUAAAAAAAAAAAACAAUGACCCGAAUUUCGCAAUAUUAUUUCACGCAUUCAAAUUUAUUAAAGAAACAUAGAGCUUUGGAGUACAAUUGUUUUCUUCUCAUUUCAACAUUUUACUUUUCUUUACCUCCGAUACAUGCUAUAUUCUGUAACUUCCUUUCAACUAUUUUGACCAGUCCAGGACAUUUGAGCCGCUCAUUUAAUAAAUCGAUUAAUUCCACAAAAGGAAAAGUAAAGAAAUUGACAAAAUAAUAUAUUCUUUCUUAAAAUUCCUUUUAAGAUUUAAAUUUUGUCUGUGUCAAUUUAUAGUGUCGAGCAUAAUUAAUCGAGAAAUUUAUUUUAAAUAAAAAAAUGUAUAUAUCUUAACUAAUUUGCCCUAAAUUCAACCCUGCUUGUCCAUGAAGAGAUAAAAUAAGACUGACUUUGCUGGAAGAUUUAUUAGAUUGGUCAAAUAGUUGAAAACGUUUCUAGUGUAAGGAAAUGAAAGAACAGUGCAAAUUAACUCUUGUCCGAGUUCUUCGUUGAUUGGGAUAAUUUUGCGAAUCUUGGUGCAUAACUUUUUUUCGCUUUUACAAAUGCAAGUGCACAUGUUGCAUUGUAUAUAAAACUUUUUUAUAAUACAAAGUAUUUGUUACGUCCGUAAUGAAGUUUAUAAUACUGAUUUCCCUUUGCGUGUACACGCAAAACUACCAUUUAAUAUAAUCUAUUUCCAAUAGCUGAUACAUAAAUAUUUAACAUCAAGUAUCCAGUAUGUAGGGGCUUUUUUCUUUUUUUUAUUUAAACGAUUAAUGCAGAAUUAGAAAUUUAUCGUCAUCUAAAAUAUAAUUUGAAAAUUGCAAUCUGUAAGAAAAUAUCUAAGCUUUGCGAAA